GAAAGUGGUGAACUUUGAUAACUCUUGUGACUCUUCUCUUGUAAUAACUCUUCUCUUGUAACUCCUAUAACACGAGGCUUUUGCUGUAUUGUAUCAUCCUCUCUCUCACUUACACCUCUCUCUCUACCGAUCACUCUCCACCUCCAGACCUCGUCCUCCUCACCCCUCGAAUUCUAAUAGGCCCGCGGUCACAAUCACAUCCAUCUACCCUUGGCCUUGUAUCUGAAUCAUCCCAGGAUACUUUUACUGCCUGUCUACCUGUCUACCUGUCUACCUGUCUACCUGCCUUCCAACUGUCUACCUGCCGGUCUUCAGCUCAUACAACCGCCAUCCAUCCAUCCAUCUAUUCCAACGGUUCCAAGCAAAGUAAACAAUCGCAGAGAAGGGAUCCAUCAUCAAAAUCAAAAGUCCAGAGAGAGUACGAUUCUACGGUAACACCUUCAACACUCAAUUGAACGGAUCAAACAAUCAAAGCUGCAUAAACAAAAAUCGCCAACGCACAACUUCCCUUCCAUCCAGCCCAUUUCGAAAAGAUCAACCCCAAUUAUCUCCAUAAUAAUAGAGCUUCAAAUCAACUCUUAAUUCUCCUCGGUGCCUCGAUAAUAUCUCGCAGAAGUGUUUAUUGGUUUCUGGGGCUGUUUAAUCUUCGCAUUCUCUAAUUUUUUUACCUUCUUUUGGCCUCUUAAUUCGCGUUACAACUGCACAAGGGAAAAGCCUCAGCUGCAUCCUUGGGGGCUGAGGACCAAGCAUUCGAUACUAGCAUUCGAUAGAAUAACUCGAUUCAUCUUUUUUCUCCAAUUUUCUUGCCGGCAUUUCUUGUACAUUACACAAACCAUUCGAAACCCCCCAAUCCAUACUUACCGCUGAUGCAUCCCUCCGUUCGUCCAUUCGAAUUGUGAGGAGUUAUCAUAAUGGGUGUCGAAUCGAGAAAGUCAAGAGCUCCCCCUCUACCUGCGCCAACAGAAACAAGUACUGCGGAUAGUGACGCCGAGAACGAGAACGAGACUACGGAGCUUGGUUCAAGAGUGACGGAUAAGAGUGCAUACACAAUACCUGAUGACGGUGCUCCAGUCACCAUCGCUACUCGAAAGAAGAAGAAGCACGAUAGUCUAAGUAGUUUAUCAAACAAUAAGUCACAAACUUCAUUGUUGAUUGAGUAUUUUGAAGGUGGAAAAGAAGAAAGAAGUCGAAGGCCAUCGGUUCGUGUCAAAGUUACACCAUCAUCGAAACACCGAAGCAAGUCAGCUCACGACCACAUUCAGAUUACGGAAUCCAGAAAAGGUUCUCGACGGCCAUCAUAUACCCAGCGUAUCUCGCUAUCGGAUGUCAACAAGGAGAAUCACAAAUCGGCGCCAGAAGACGAAGCCAGCAUGAGCUCCUUUAGAUCUAUGACCGAAGAAUCCAAUCUCACUUCCAGGAGUGGUGGUAGACCGAUCGAAGUUGAAAUAAUGAGACAUGGAAGUCCGCUGAUACCCACAGAAUUAGGAUCGAAGAGUGUUUUGUACAAUGCUUCAGAAAUUUCAUCUAUGCCUGCCGAUAGUUUCCUCGAUGGACAUACCAGAUCUCCAGAGCGAAGACGUAGCCGAAGCUUGACAAGAGACGAACCUUUGAUUGCCGAGGCGGCUAGUGGCCUGGCUGCCAGUGCUGUAUCGGAAAAAUCAAGAACGCCAUCGCGCCGAAGAAGUCGAAGUCUUAGCAGGGAGCGAAUAGUGGCACAGAAGGCCAUGUCAAAGGUUCGCGGUGAUAGAUCAGAACACCGACGAAAACAACGAAGAAGUCGAAGUCGAAGUGUUAGUGGCGAGAAGCCGACAGAAGCAAUCAAAUCACAACGAAGAAGAUCAAGUCGAAGCCAAGCCGAAGAAUCUUUAAUGUCCGGGGCCGAUUCGGGUCUUCUAGAUUCCCAGAUUAGUCGCAAUUCUGACAGACUUUCCGUUAGAUCUGGAGCCUCCAAAAAUUCCUCCAUCAACAAUCCCAAGUUACUGGAGACUGUUGAAGAUGCCAUCCGUCGUCUGAUCUUACCCGAAUUAUCAGCAUUGAAGAGAGAAUCAAGUAAGCGUACAGAGCGUCGAAGUUCUGUCGGAAGUGGUAUAUCCAGCAUAUCAGGAGGGCCAAAGGUUACACUUAAUGAUGGAGAGGUUAUCUCGGGGAAGAGUCGAAGAGACCAGGUGAGGGAUUCGGAUUCACCACGAAGUUUCGAACGAGGCGGAUCGGAAGAAACUGUUGUGCAUAAUGAAAAGGUGAAGAAGAAGAAGAGUCGAGGUCUCGAAACCGCUGCGUUAGGCGCCGGUGUUGGUGCCUUGACAGCAGCUGCGUUACAGAAACAUCAAUCACAAGAAUCGGUAAUAGAUGAAAAGAAAGAACGACGACGCAGGAGAAAAAAUCACAGUCGUGGCAACAGUUUAGGGGGCGAGCUUUCACCUACUGAAGAGAGAGAUAGUCUUAGCCUGGCGCCUCCUAUGCCACUAAUGAGCGCGAUCAACGCCUCCGAUAUCACCAGAACCUCAAUCUUAUCAGCAGAAUCCGAAAGACCUCACUCCGCUAGCUCACAGCGUGUGACACCUGUUCAAGAGGUGGCUGCUCGAAAAGACGUUACCUCGCCAGCUUCUCGAACACCAAAUCGAACACCCGUCAAUCUGCAACACGGAUUGGGUACUCAACAUUCCAACUUCUCCCGUGGAAACCUCAGUCUUCAUAGUCAAAAUAGUGAACAACAGUUACGUGGACAGGAAUAUGAAUUGGAUGAAAAUGGAAGAAAGGUACCCAUGCGGGAAUAUUACGAUCCCGACCUCGACGAUUCCAUGGUUUCAGAGGAACACAACGGAGGUCACUCCAAUACAGUUAAAGCUGGUCUUGCUGGUGCUGCCACUGGUGCUGGUUUGGCAGCACUUCAUCACAAUGAACAAGAUACUCCUGAGGAUGAAGAUUCAGAACUGCUUGAAGCCGAGCCACAACAUCCUUAUUACCAAAACACCCAAGAAGUACCUCCUCCACUCAGAUACGUUCCUUACGGUCAUGAAAGACGUGGUCUGAGCCCAAUCCAGAGUGUCUCAGGCUAUACCGAAAAUGAAGACGGGCCACUUCAAGAUCAUCGAGAAUCCAGGUUGACCCAGAGCACCGCGUCAUAUUCCUCAUUGGCAAAGACAGCUCAACAUAAUCAGUCCUUGAAGUCGCUUGAGUCCAGUGAUAAUAUUCAAAAUCGUCAUGACUUUUCGGAAGUUCGAACAGGUGGACUAUCUGAUUCAGAGCUUACCCAGGACGGAGAUGUUCAGUACUGGGAAGAACAGCAUCAAGAGAAUGAUCGAAAUCGCGAUUUUGACUCCGAAUUGAGCCUUGAAAACAAGCGAUUGACCAACUUUACCGACGACAGCUUUGAUGCUCGAGAUAUCUCAACUGGUCAGAAUAUUCAAGGGGUUGGCGGAAAACCAAAUUUCGUCAAUACACCUAUGGGAGUCGAAUCACACGUUGCUUCGUUGGUUAAUGCUUCGGAAAUCACCGGUUCUAAUUCAUACCCCGAGAGCAAUAGCCAAGUUAAUCGCAAGGCUUCAUACGAUUCUUUCGACGAUGAGUCUGAAAGAAACUUUACAAGCCGUGGCGACAGCCCCGGAAAAUCACAGAGCCCCACGAAGUAUGACAAAGAGUAUGAUAUCGAUGAGAAUGGAAGAAAGGUUGAGAUGUCAAAGUCAAAUACCAAGGAGAAGCUGGGAGCUGGCGCGCUGGGAGCUGCAGCUGCAGCACUAUUGGCCAAGGCUCGUGAAAGAAUGAACAACAAUAAUGACGCAGACAAUGUCCAGUAUGAAGAACGCAAAGAGGACACUGGAGCGCCAUUACAGAAGUCUUUCAAGGAUCGUACAAUAGAUGGCCAAAGACUUUCUUCCCCUCGCCACAGCAUUGACAACCUCAGCGAAAUUAGCCAAAUGACUGAUCAACCUAAGAUGUCUGCAAGUGGUCUUCCAGAUGUGCAUGACCCAAUGCCUGAGAUCGGUUACGGAGAUGAUGCAUCAGAAGUUACAACAAAUCCUUCCAUCAUUCAAGGGCCAAUUGGCGGCACACAGCAAGGAAGUCGUGAUCACUGGCCAAAUCAAGUUACUCCACCACAAGCCAAGCGAACACAAAGCUCUGACUCUGCGUCUGCUCUUCAUGAAGCUGAAGCUGCAUUGAUUGGUGCCGCUACUGGUGCAGGAGCUGCUGCUGCUUUGGCUGGCCACAGCAGAGAUGUCAGCAGUGAGCAUGAGGAUGAGUGGGGAAGAACUUCUGGAGAAAGAAAGCGUGAUACCCUCGUCACAAAUCCAUAUGAAGAUACAAGUCCAAUUGCUGCCCUUGGUAACGGUACUGGCCUUGAUCGAGAACUUUUGAAUCAAGCGGGUUUCCAAAAUGCCAGUCGAGCAUACAACGACAAGCUCUAUGGUGGUAGUCCAAACGGCUUACACAAGGAUGAGGGGUACAUCUCAUCGGCUCCUAAUGCUCGUUCUCCUGGUGGCCAGACUCCAGAGCAGCAUGUCAAUAAAGGGAAGGGAGUGGACUUUACGGAUCAUGAACUAGGAAAUGCAACAGAUGCAUUGAACGGUGACCAAUUCAAUCCUGGUCACUCUCGACAUCUCAGUGGUAUGUCACAAGGAAUGGGAUCUCCAUUAUACGAUAGUUCAACUGGCAACGGUAUUGAUCGCAUCCAAUCUAAGGAUAUCGUUGCUUUGAUGGACCAUCUCACUGUUCGUGAUGCUCAACGUAGCGCACGUGAUACGGAAAUUCUCGUCACCCUUGUGCGAGCCGCUGCUGAAAUGAGAAAUUCCUUCGAGGAUAUGAAGAGAUUGCUUGCCGAUACUGAAGAUGUCAUUAUCACAGAAGUACAAGUUAAUACCGAAAAGUCGGUUCAAAAGGUCAUCAACGGGCCACGACCUCUACCACAAAGUGCACCUCGCUCAAUUAGAUCUGCCGAGCUGUAUGAAGAUCUUCCUACGAAGCGAAGAAAUGUUUUCCGGAGAGCUUUGAAGGGCUUGAGCAAGAGAAGUACGAAUGAUCUUGGAAAGAUUGAAGAUAUGCUUGUCCAAUUGCUUGGGGAUGUUGAAGGUCUCAAAGUUGCACAAGGUCUUCAAAAUGGUACUCUGGAUUAUGAUGAUUUCCCUGAAGGACGUUCUGAACAAGAUCGUGGUUACGUGCCUGAGGGCAAUGCCGGUACUUCCACUGCAAGUCAUGGAAGUCAAUCUGGACCCCUUUCCAUCCAACCCUCCCAAUCUCGCAACACAAACCGAGGGUUUGAUGGACGUAAAUUUUCGGAUCAUCGAAUUAGUACAGUGCCUGAAGAUGAUGAGGAUGAAGAUGAGGAUGAGCUCAGUCCACAUGAGCAGGAUAUUCUCAACAACCAAUUCGAGAAUGAUGCAGAUGUUCUCACUCCGACUCGUGAGACUUUCCGUGAACGUGGAGAGUCUCUGCCAUUGGACACACCUCCUCAACAAUACAAGGCAUCUGGCUCUUUGAGCAAUGAUAAUACACCUCGAACUGAGACGGAUAAGAACAAGAAACACAAGUCAAGUAGUUCUUCUGGAUGGAUUCCUAAAGUAUCUCGAUGGUCUGAGACUACCGCGUCAACUGUGUUUAAGGGUUUCCGAAAUAGUGGCCGAAAGAGUGGUAGCAAGGAGCCUGAACAUUACAAUUCACCCCCAUCAAGAUCGGAUUCCGGGCUCGGUACAUAUCAAACCGAACACGAGCAAACUGAUCAAGAUCGAGAGCGAGAUUAUGAUCAUGAUAAGUUCAUCGAGCCCACACGUGUUGAAUCACCCGCUACCCCUAGAUCUGUUAGAUCACUCGCUAAAUCCGAUGACAAAUUACACUCUGGCUUUUCUUCGGAACAACUUCAUCAACAGUUUUUGAAUGAGGAGAUUCCUCUCAGUCUUCUACCUGGCGUCUUACCAGGUGUUGAAGAUCCAAAAUAUAAAGCUCAUCGAAAUUCUCUGAACCUUCAACAUCCACAACCUCGUCAAGGUCCAACACACCGUUACCAAACUCAUCUCGAAUCACAAGCUCAAAACUUUGAUCAACCUCCACCAAUGUCCCCUUCAUCCAUUAACUGGGGCUCAUCAACUAGCAUCAAUCGUUUACCACCUAACGCAAACCAUCGUUAUAGUCAAGCAACAACUAAUACCGAAGGUAGACUUUCUCCAAUUUCUGAUGGUGGAUAUUCAGAUCGUUCUGCUUCAGGUCAAGCUCCUGCCAGACCUCCUAAGGAACCAAUUGUUCCUGAGAAGCCACUCAACAUUCGCAAUAAGACUGCAAAGCCAAGUCCUUUGAGUAAUGAACAUUUGCAAGAUGAGAAUGGAGAUGACAAUACUCAAUCUGCUUCUAGAAGAUUGAGUGGUGCCUUGGGUGUUCCAACGAGAAAACCUACUGGUCCAAGAAGUAUGAGUGUGGCUAGUAAGAAUGGGGAAUUGAGUAGGGAUGAAACAGUUAUCAGAAGAAAUGUUAAGAGAAAUACAUUUGGUAGUAUCGGCAGCAAUCAUAGUGGCGAGUCAGAAACUUUUUAAGCGAAUUAAAAGAUUGGGCGUGUGUUGCGAGCGAUGUGUUAGCGAAUUACUUAGAAUACCCCCCCGUUACAAUAACAGGAACAAAACAAAAUAACAACAAUACGAAAUAAUAAUACUUUUGCGAAUAUUUGGACUGGGUUGAAUUGGAUUGAAGGAGGACUCGGGAUGGAGGAAUGGAUUUCUUAUGGGGUGGGGUGAUGAGAGGACGAGGAAUAUGGAAAGGAGGUCAUGAUGAUGGUGAUGGAAGGGGUGCUCUGAUGAUUUGUUGGGCUUGCGCAUUUCACUUUCAAUGGAUAUGAUAUGAUAUGGGGUUUCAUGCUAUGAAAGGGAGAGAUAUGAUGACAUUAUGAUGAAAAUGGAUGGAUACCUCUUUGUUUUUUUUGGUUUCUUGCUCUUUACUUUUUCCCGAAAUGAUGUAUGUGUGUGGUGUCUAUGCUUCUUGUGUUUAGCUUUUGAGAGAGGAGAUUUAAUAUGGAGGGAUGAAAGUUUGAGCGGGAGUGGAGGGGGUAGUUGGGAGAGAGGGAGGGGGAGGAAGAUCUCGGUAGGAUAGACGAGAGAACGGAGGCGAGGAAUUCAAUGUAAUUGGUUUGGAUGAAUAAGGGAUAUGGAUCGGUGUGGAUGAGCUGCGCUCAAUUGCAUACAUACAUACAUAUUUAUAGAUGUGAAAUGAUAUGAAUUGAAAACGGUGGUUA